CGGGCGGAUUUAUUCGAGUGCCUUUCAGGCGGCCGAGAGCGAGACGUGAAGACGGCAGGUAAACAGCCGCACGUCACUCAAAAAAAAGAAAAAGCUGGCGCUGCGUGGGGAUGCCGUUUAGAGUGAGCGGCCCGGCAACAGAGCUCUGUAGACAGCUGCACAGAAAGACAGGUUUCUUGCAAUCUCUUUUCUCCCAAGCCCUCCCGCGAGUUUUUUUUCGGGAACACAUCUCCGCCUUGUGCACACCCUAAAGUGUUUUUACUGCUCACGCGAACUGCGAAACCCUGAACGCUCUGCGAGGCACAGGUGUUUCAGCACUCGCGGCGAAAGAGGUCCACCGAAAAGAGGUCACGGGACAGCUCCGAACAUUUGGAGGAAUCAAAAAGGACGAUGAAUUUCGCGGGUCGGCGCUACCUGAUCUUUGGUAGCCGAGGAGCAGGAGCUUACCUCGCACGGAGGCUUCUAGGCAAUGGCGCUAAAGUUCACGUGUGCUCUCGACGAGAGGAGUCGUUGUUACAUCUCACAAAAUGGCUAGACUCUCCAGCGCUGUCGACAGCGACAUGUGAUGCCAUGCAGCCUGGCCAAAUCGCCCACGCCGUUCAUGAAGCCAGCCGAGUCCUGGGAGGCGCCCUCAAUGGGGUCGUGUACGCCGUGGGGUCGAUUCCACUUAAGUCUUUUCACAAGGUCACUCGAUACGAACUGGUAGACCACUUUACUCUGAACGCCGUUGGCGCCUUCGAGGCUGUUCAGGCUGCGUCUUUUGACUUGCUGCACACGAACGGAGCAGCCGUCCUCUUCUCCACUUUCGCAGCUCGAAGAGGCUUCGCGCACCACGCCAUCAUCGCGCCUGCUAAAGCUGCUGUGGAGGCUUUGACGUACGAGGUGGCAGCAGAACUGGCGCCUCAUGUCCGAGUGAACUGCAUAGCGCCGAGUCUGGUCAACACGUCUUUGGCCGCGAAUUUGAUUACUCGAGGCGCUCACAAGGUGACUUAUGGCAGCAAACAUCCUCUGAAUCGGAUCGGAGAGCCCGACGACUUGGCUGCAGCGGCGGCGUUUCUCUUGAGCGAUGACGCUUCUUGGAUUACCGGCCAGGUAGCUUUUGAGACGUCAACGUGUCGCGGUCAUAUAAAUCGGGAAGACACACAUUCAAAGCGACAACGUAGACGCUCCAGGUGCACUGCGUUUUAAAAUAACUUUAGAUAUGCUUCAGCGUCAACUUAGGACAGACCACCGGAGCGAAGAUAAUCAGGCGUGGUCUGAAAACACGGGAGACACUUUCUGCAGGGUCGCUUGGCUUUGACUGAACGAAAAAGACACCGUGAAACAUGUUUCGUUUCGAUGUGUCAAUGCAGUUUAUCAGAAGUGCACGUUGUCUUCCGCCUUCGAUUGAACAGGUCAUCAAUGUGGAUGGCGGCCGGUCGACUGUCAGCUGCCGUGACGAAGUCGAAGGCCCUUCGAGGUCGGGUCUGCUUCACUAAUGCAGGGAUCGAAACUCGUUUGGAGAUCCAGCUCUCAAACAAGUUGACUGUCCAGCAAAAGACAGCUCGUGGACCGAACAAAGAGAGCUCUGCCUCUCGGACGUGAACGGUUGCUCAGCUGUCAGUCUACGAAAGGCGGAGGCUUUUGCGGUCCUUUUAAGCGUGCCUCAGGGAGGGUCGCGCGUGUGGUUUUCAUAUUUGUUCCAUUCUUUUGUUUCAUGUACAGUCAGUAAGACUUGGCGCAAGCACUUGGCCUGUCCAGGUUCCUUCGUUGUGCUCCGGCGGAGAGCUGCCGAGCUCUGUUUUUAUUGACAGGUGUCUUUGUCUCACUUCCAUAGAGUCACCUCCCUUGCAGCCGAAAACGCGUGUGAAUCGACAGAGAUAACUUUCACAGCGUAGCCGUCUGUCGAUUCGCCAGCAAGUGCUUGGCAUUUUUGCGAGAGUGAACUCGCCAUCCGAAAAAACGGGAGAAUUUCGCAGAAUCCGGGAAUCUAUUCAGAACGCUAGUCAGUAAGUUUGACAACGGAGCAAACCAAGAGAACAGCUCGACACCAGUUUUCAACGUAUAUAUAUAUAUAUAUAUAUAUAUCAGAUGUGCUGGUACCGUGGACGGCAUUUUCCUAGGAUUUGUCACGCUACGAGACUCGGCGAACCGGCACACCAGAUAUAUGUAACGGAUUUGUACACACACAAAAUCGAGUAUGUACAAAUAAGACAGGGUCGGAACUGAAGUUUUUUCACAGCGGGAGCCGCCAAGCUUGUUCUC